AUGUCACCCAUUACAGAUGUGUCUCCUAGCAACACAGAUGGAGGCGUGUCUGCCCUGACCCCUCGAUACGGGCCUGACCCCACUCAGACCAUCCCAGACUUCAACAAGGGAUUCCCGUGUCCGACCGUUUUCCCCAGCAUCAACGCCCCCCAGCGUCCCGGCGGCAUCACCAGUGGUGGGGUGACUCUCUUCAUUGCUCUGUACGACUAUGAUGCCCGCACAGAAGAUGACCUCACUUUUCAGAAAGGAGAGAAAUUCCAGAUUAUCAAUAAUACUGAGGGCGACUGGUGGGAGGCUCGCUCUCUGGACACGGGGCGCUCUGGUUACAUCCCGUCCAACUAUGUGGCUCCCGUAGACUCCAUCCAGGCCGAAGAGUGGUACUUCGGAAAGAUGGGAAGAAAGGAUGCAGAGAGACAGCUGCUUGGCCCUGGCAACCAGAGGGGCACUUUUCUUAUACGAGAGAGCGAGACCACCAAGGGUGCUUACUCCCUGUCCAUCCGUGACUGGGACGACACCAAGGGAGACCAUGUGAAGCACUAUAAGAUCCGCAAACUGGACAAUGGGGGCUACUACAUCACCACCAGGUCGCAGUUCGACACCGUGCAGCAGCUGGUGGAGCACUACACUGAGAGAGCAGCGGGCCUGUGCUGCCGCCUGAUUGGCAGUUGUAAGCGGGGUAUGCCUAAGCUGGCCGACUUAUCAGUGAAGACCAAGGACAUGUGGGAGAUUCCCCGAGAAUCCCUGCAGUUGAUUAAGAAACUGGGCAAUGGCCAGUUUGGAGAAGUCUGGAUGGGCACUAACGAUGGACUGUGCUAUUUCCUGACCACGCCAUGUCCAAAUUCCACCCCACUCACCCUGGGCCUGGGGCGAGACGCCUGGGAGGUCUCCAGGGGGACACUGUCCAUGCAGAAGAAGCUGGGACAGGGAUGUUUUGGGGACGUGUGGCUGGGCAUGUGGAAUGGCACCACUAAGGUGGCUGUGAAAACUCUGAAGCCAGGAACCAUGUCCCCUGAGGCUUUUCUGGAGGAGGCUCAGAUCAUGAAGAGACUGCGCCAUGACAAGCUGGUGCAGCUUUAUGCAGUCGUUUCAGAGGAGCCCAUCUACAUUAUCACUGAGUUCAUGAGCCAAGGAAGUUUAUUGGACUUCUUAAAAGACGGAGAGGGACAGAGUCUGAAACUGCCUCAGCUGGUGGACAUGGCUGCUCAGAUUGCAGCGGGAAUGGCUUACAUCGAGAGAAUGAACUACAUCCAUCGUGACCUGCGUGCGGCCAACAUCCUGGUAGGAGACAACCUGGUGUGUAAGAUUGCGGACUUCGGCCUCGCGCGGCUCAUAGAGGACAACGAGUACACGGCUCGGCAAGGGGCUAAGUUUCCCAUUAAGUGGACGGCUCCCGAGGCUGCGCUGUAUGGACGCUUUACCAUUAAGUCAGAUGUGUGGAGCUUUGGUAUUCUUCUAACAGAGCUCAUCACCAAGGGACGUGUGCCAUACCCAGGCAUGAACAACCGUGAGGUGCUGGAGCAGGUAGAGAGGGGGUACCGGAUGCCCUGCGCCCCGGGCUGCCCUGCCUCUCUCCACGAACUGAUGCUGCAGUGCUGGAGGCGAGAGCCAGAUGAGAGACACACCUUUGAAUACCUGCAGUCCUUCCUGGAGGAUUACUUCACCGCCACAGAGCCUCAGUACCAGCCUGGGGAAAACCUGUGA